ACUGAGCAGAGCAUCUGAUAUAGGCAGAGCAUUUUGUGUAGGCAGAGCAGAGCAUUUUGUAUAGGCAGAGCAGAGCAUGUGCCCAGUGGUGUCGGUGGACACAGCCAGAGCCAGCCGGGGCCCCGGAGAGCACUCACAGCCGGUGUCUCCCUCCCUCCCUUUGCCCUCGGUGUGAGCUGGAGGAGGCACCGCGCAGCCUCCCCUCCCUGCCCGAUGUUCGCUGACCUUGGAGCCCGAAUCAGUGAGAGGGAGCCGGCCAGGAGACCGGACUACAGCCCGGAGAGGGGCACCAUGGAGGCCACCGCUCACUUCAGAUUUUGCCGAAACCUUCUCGAGCACACGGUGUCGGCUGAGAACUUAAACCAUCGCUUGAGACGGGAAAUGGGCAGCAGCUUAACCUGGCACGAUGGCAGAGGUCAAAGGGCGACAGGAGGGAGGGUCAUCAAACUUCUUAAACAGCCAGGAACAGAAGUUACCCAGGUCAGGUCCAAUGAUCAGUAUGGCAUCUACCAUACCAGCCCAUCCUUCAGCUGUCUCUCCAAACCGGUUGUGCUGUGGACCCAACAGGAUGUGUGCAAGUGGUUAAAGAAGUAUUGUCCACACAAUUAUCUCACGUACGUCGAAGCUUUCUCCCAUCAUGCAAUUACAGGCCGAGCUCUGCUAAGGCUGAAUGCUGAGAAGCUGCAACGUAUGGGAAUUAUCCACGAGUCGCAAAGACAGGAAGUGUUACAGCAAGUUCUGCAGCUUCAGGUGCGAGAAGAGGUUCGGAACUUGCAACUACUCAGUCAAGCUUCCUUCGGGAACUUCUCGUAGAGACGGUUCGUCAAACACUGUGAUGGGCAUACCCAAGACCUCUUGGGGACCCUCUGACUUGCUCCAACUCAUGCACCUAAUGUGGCAGAGGUGAAGUUUGGGUUUAGAUUAAGACACCUCAACUCCACCAUCUAUCAACGGGAGUUCCAUGACUAGUCACUGUGGACUUUCCUGCGUGGGUGGGUUAUAGCAGGAUGGGCUAUGCACUCCAUUCAUCUCAAAGCCACUACAAACAUGGGAACAUAGAACGCCAUGGAAAGCUAUUUCAUAAGUUCAGCUGCUUACCUUCGUGAGAGACACAUAAGUAUAACAUUCAUAAUUAAUAUAAUUAUCCCUAUCCGGGCAGAUCGUCAUCCACUGGUGCUGAAGACCUUCACCAGAUGUGAUUCAGACUCUUUUAUUUUAAAAAAGGGACAAAAAUGGUGAUCAUAUGGUCUUAAGACAUCACUGCCUGCUGGUCCAGAGCGCUAUACAACUAUAUCAUAUGUACUAACAUGAACAUUUCAUUGGAUAUUAUACACUAAAUAAGCCACGGAAACACAAAUAUCUUAAAAAUCACCUGUUAGCAAUACAAAGAUAUAAUCAAUAUAUAUGUAUAAAAAAAGUGAAAGGGAUACAUUGUAUAUACAAUAAUGCGUACAAUAUUUAUUGCAGGGGGAGUCAUUGGUCACUGCUUGUUACAGCUGGACCUUAUUUUACAUAUUAUAUAAUUUAUUCUGUAGAUAUAACCCAAUGUUUUAGGCCAUGCUAAAUAUAAUAUAAUAUAAGUAUUUAGUACAUGGGUACAUAUGUUAUAAUCGAACAAUGCAAUAUACUGUAGGUCUGUAAAUAAUUUAUGUGUUGGUGAUACGCACAAAUGCUGAUUUUUUCAUUAAACAGGAAGUUGUGAAUUGACAGUGGAAAUUUAUAAAUUAGACCAACGUGGCUGUCAACCCACCACAACUUGCUGUUUAGUGUCACCAUCAGGGAUAUUUAAUGAAGUUUGAAUUGUCAGAAAUCGAAAAUGGAUUUUAGGAGAAU